CAGACUGCAACCAUAGGCUACAAACGGAGGAACAGACAGAGGGUGGGAGGUUGAGGGGUAUGGAAAAGAAAUCCUGAAGGACUCUGGGGUUUUGGCCAUGAAGCAUUGAGGAAUUCUUCUGUGGCGAGGUAAACUCUGUGCAAACACCUUGCAGUAUCCUGUGUAUGCGGCUGCAAUAAGAAACCAGACAAACCUGUAUCAGGGACUCUGCAGACUAAAACCCGUCAGCUGGAAAGAGAGGCCAACCCAUGGACAUCAGGCCGCUUCUCGUAAUACUGUCUGUGUGUGGGCAAAUGCAGGCCAUGACUGUAGACACUGAUUAUGGUGGCUUGCCUCUGCAGAUCGACCGAUUUCUAGGUGAGCCCACAAUUUUCACCCUCAGGAAUCGAGUGGACUCCAGCUGGUCAUGGAUGGUGAGCAACCAGAACUGUUCUGUGAAAUGUGACUGUGCAAUUCAGUGGCCCACAGCUUUGUAUUGUGACCACAAAGGCCUGGAGCAGUUUCCUGAAAGUCUUCCGUCCAGAACAAAAUACCUUUUCCUUCAGGCUAACAUGAUCACUGGUUUUAACGCUAAAGCCUUUGUCAAUACCACUAAUUUACGCUGGCUCAUUUUGGACCAAAACCAGCUUCUCAGUGAGAGGCUUGAUGGUAGGUCACUGGUCAAUUUGACCCAAUUAGUGAACCUUUUCAUGAACCAUAACAACUUGAGCGAGGUGCCAGCAGGGCUGCCUGGUGGACUCAAGCAGCUAAGACUGGCUUACAAUCAAAUUGAGAAAAUUGGCCCUGGAGCUUUUGAGAACUUACAGAAUCUAACACUGCUUCUGCUUCAAGGCAACCGUCUGAGAACUAUUGAAGAAACUGACUUCAAAGGCCUUUCAAUCCUAAACCUUUUGGACCUCAGUCGGAAUGUCCUGGGCACUUUCCCCAAGCAUCUGCCUCCAUCUGUUCAGCAGCUAUACCUCUCACACAACGCUCUGACAGGCAUGGCUGAGGACAGCCUCCAAGGCUUUAAGAGACUCUGUUAUUUGCGUCUACGCAACAACCAGCUGAAAAAUGAUGGCCUGGGCCCUGGUGUCUUCAACGUGACUUCGCUAGUGGAACUAGACCUCUCCUUCAACCAGCUAACUGAAAUCCCAGUUGUUCCCACCACCCUGCAGUACCUUUACCUAGAGGUUAACCGUAUCAGAGAAUUUAACGUCAGCAGUCUCUGCAGGACAGUGGGUCUAAUGUCAUAUUCACAUAUAAAGAUAUUGCGACUGGAUGGCAAUAAGAUAGAUUAUCAUCAGCUGCCUCCUGACUGGGUGUACUGUCUCCGAAUCCUUCAAAAUAUUUAUAUCUGACCUGUUCCAGCUACUUUUAUAUUGCCAGUUCCAUCUUUGUGCAGACUGCACUAUAAAUGCUGCAAGACAGAACACCAAAAUUUCAUAUAAGAAUUUGAAUAUAUGAUAUACAUGAUGCUUUUAGACUAGGAAUGAAAGUAGCUCUUGUAAAUGAUUGCUAAUAUGUAUAUGUUUAGCGUUCACAUAAAUAAUAAACAUGA